AUGGGCAAACGCAAAAAAUCUUCUCGAAAGCCAGGUCCAGCCCGAGUGAAAGUCCCACUUGAUACUGCCUUUACUUGCCUCUUUUGCCACCACGACAAGUCUGUAACCGUUCGAAUUGACAGAAAGGAAGGUGUUGCUCAGCUAAUCUGUCGAGUGUGUGACCAGAGAUACCAAAGCAAGGUUAACCAUCUCACAGAACCCAUCGAUAUCUAUUCGGAAUGGAUCGACGCUGCAGAUGAAGCACAGAGAGUGGGUGAAUCAUCUACCGUUCGACGACCUGCAGCCUCCUCCAGUCGGCCAGUUCCAGCACGCGCUCCCUCAGUAGAUGACAGCGAUUAA